AUGGAAAUGAAUUUUUAUUAGAAAAGUGAUAUCAUAAAUUAAGAGAAUUUCAAAGAUAUUGAUGUCUCUAAUUGGUAUGAAUUUGUUGGUAUUGGAAAUCCCUAUUAUUAUAAUAGUUAUGUUCUUAUUAAGUGUUGGAGGAAACUUAAUAUUGAUUAAGAUUUUUCAGAAAAUUCAAAAUUUAUUUAUCUGGAAAGUAGAGGAUACAAAAAAUAAUCCUUCUAAGAUGUUAACUGUAAACUGCUUAUUAGUAAUCACAAUUAUAUGUAAGAACAAAAAUUAUCUAAGUUAAGAUCUUUUUAUGUUAUUACUCAAUUGCGGGUUUUUUGUUUAGUUAAAUUUGGAGUUGGGAUUGCGAGACUUAAAUAUCAUCAUUAACACUCUCACCUUCAUUUUACAUCAUUAUUUAAAUUUGUUAAGCAUAAACUUUGAACCUUACAUAUUGUUUUUGCAGUAAUUUGUGGCUUAGACUAUGGAGAAUGAAGUUGAAAAUUGAACAGAACUAGUCUCUUUUAGGAUUAACUAAUAUUUUAAAAGUUUUUCUUUCCUUGCUAAUCGUAUUAAUUCCGAUUCUUACUCUAGUUUCAUUGAUCUUAGAAUCAUAUAUUAAUAACAUUAGAGAAUAUUGUUUGGGUGCUUUAACUAUGUUAAGUACUAUUUCUUUUGCUGCUAUUUGCAUUAUUCUAUAUACAAAACUCAAAGAUUAAUACAGUAUUGGCGAUCAUUACAGAGCUGUAUUAAUUUAAAGAAAUAUAUUAGAAUUUAAAAUUCUUAUCAAUAGCAGUAAUAAUUUGCUCUCUAAUUCGACCAUCGUUUAAUUUUUUUUUCUCUUAAGAAUUCUUUUGGAAAUUGAAGCCUGGACUAGAAUGCGAUGAAGAUGAUGUAAUCAUUAGAAAAUUACCUGAUAAAGGUUUUCCAUGGUAAAUAAUAAAUAGAUUUCUAAAUAGGGCUGCUUUCUAAUUAAUUUAUUCUUGUAUCACUGAUUUCAUCCCUAUUUAUAUAUUAUCAUUGUUGUUUUCUCCUAACAUAUCAAAGAGAAAGACCUUAGUAGGUGCAAGCAAUGAUUCCGAAUAUAUUUAAGAAUGA